AUGAAGCUCCUCUCCUUCCUCCUGACCCUCUUCCUCGUCUGGACGGCGGCUGCCGCCGUCAUUCAAGACCGAGCGUCCAAGGGGUCCACAGCCGCCGCGAAGCCAGCCGCCGCGAAGCCAGCCGCCGCAAAGCCAGCCAGCGGAAAGCCAGCCACAGAUAAGACGAAGACCGACAAGACAAAGACGGCCGCUAAGGGUAAGCCGAACGAGCACCAGGCCCUGCUGAUCGAGGCGUCCAAGAAGGGCGCGCCAAAGUACCAGUUCCCCCCGCCCCCGGCCAAGGGCAAGAAGGUCUCGAGGCGAUCCGCCGGCGCCGAUGACACCACCACCACGCACGCCGUGCAGAGGCGCGCGAUCAACGAGGCCGGCCUGAACGAGGUCAAGACGGGCACGGCGGCCGACGAGGUCAUCACCAGGGGCCUCGGGACGUGCGUGGGCGUCAUCGUCACCUACGGCCGCGUCAGCCCGGGCAAGGUGGACAAGAUCGUGGGGCACUUUGGCGCGUUCGGCGGGCAGCCGGCCAUCACCAAGAUGGGCAAGGCCAUCAUGGACGCGGCGGUCGAGGGCGGCCUCUGGGACCCGGACGUCGACGAGGGCCACCGGCCCCAGAUCCACGUGCUGUGGCCCGACGUCGCCGGCGAGAUCGCGGACAUGGGCCUCGCGCCGGAGGACAUCCCCGGGAUGACGGCCACGCUCAACGGCGUCCUCUCCAGCGUCAAUGGGGAGCUGCAGAAGAUGUCGACGCUGCUCCGCGGCAGGAUCUCCGAGAAGACGCGCCAGGGCGCUACCAAAACGGGUGGCACUAUCAGGGCGACUACCAACGGACAGGUGACCGCCGACGGGGUGCCCUUCUAG